CCACUUUAAGGUUUCAUUCAUACAAAUAGUCUCCAGAAAAUUCCUAAAUACAAUAACCCCAAUUAAUAACAGCAAUACUACUAGCGGACAAAAAUUCAAAAUGUUCAGAGCAUCUAGAAAUCUCUAUUGAAACAAGCAUCUUGUAUUCAAAUAUUUGUGUGCAACCUUAUCGUGUUGCAUUAGUUUCUUCCUUGCCUCUGUAGCGUUCUUUUGCAGGCGGUGGAUCAUACAAGCACUGUUUUGUGCAGGGAAACAAUCUUUAUAUCUGCCUCCCACUAAGAGAAGAACAACUUUUGGCCAGAAAGCCGAGCUGUAGCCAUCAAAAUUUUCACAGCUCUAUCCGAACAACGACAAGUAGAUUCAGGAUAAGAGACAAUGGCAUCAACGUUGUGCAGUAUGACAGGAAUCAGCACUUCUGCAGCUCUCAACAACACUGGAAGAGAGAAGAUGAGUGCAACUUCUAACAAAUAUUGUACGUUGUCCUCCGCAUCUGCAUUUGCACCCAUUUCCCUUAGAGGUUUAAGCAGAAGGCAAACAAUGAGACUACAGAAAAGUGACCGGGGACUUAGUGUAAGGGCUAUGGCAAAAGAAUUAUACUUCAACAAAGAUGGAUCAGCGACAAAGAAACUGCAGGUGGGUGUCAACAAGCUUGCUGAUCUUGUUGGCGUCACUCUGGGACCAAAAGGCAGAAAUGUUGUUUUAGAGAGUAAAUACGGUGCGCCAAAAAUUGUGAAUGAUGGUGUGACUGUUGCUAAGGAGGUUGAAUUAGAGGAUCCUGUAGAGAAUAUUGGAGCCAAGUUGGUGAGGCAAGCUGCAGCAAAGACAAAUGAUUUGGCAGGUGAUGGAACUACCACAUCGGUGGUUCUUGCACAAGGUUUAAUAGCCGAAGGCAUAAAGGUUGUUGGAGCUGGAGCAAAUCCCAUUCAGAUUACCAGGGGUAUUGACAAGACUGUGAAGGCUUUAGUUACUGAACUAAAAGCUAUUUCCAAGGAGGUUGAAGAUAGUGAGUUAGCAGAUGUGGCUGCAGUAAGUGCUGGGAACAAUUAUGAAGUAGGAAAUAUGAUAGCAGAGGCCAUGAGUAAAGUUGGUAGGAAGGGUGUAGUAACCCUUGAAGAAGGAAAGAGUGCAGAAAAUAAUCUAUAUGUUGUAGAGGGAAUGCAAUUUGACCGUGGAUAUAUUUCUCCAUAUUUUGUGACUGACAGUGAGAAGAUGACUGCAGAGUAUGAGAAUUGUAAGCUAUUGUUGGUUGAUAAAAAAAUAACAAAUGCAAGAGACAUGAUUGGCAUAUUGGAAGAUGCCAUUCGUGGUGGUUAUCCCAUCUUAAUAAUUGCUGAAGACAUUGAGCAAGAAGCCCUGGCUACCCUUGUUGUGAACAGGCUUCGAGGUGCAUUAAAGAUUGCAGCUUUAAAAGCUCCUGGAUUUGGAGAAAGGAAAAGUCAGUAUUUGGAUGACAUUGCUGUGUUGACUGGAGGCACCGUCAUUAGAGAUGAAGUGGGGCUGGCCCUUGACAAAGUUGGGAAUGAGGUUCUGGGUACUGCUGCCAAGAUAGUACUGACAAAAGAUUCAACAACAAUAGUUGGUGAUGGAAGGACUCAGGAGGCUGUUGAGAGAAGAGUUAAUCAAAUUAGGAGCUUGAUUGAGGCUGCUGAACAAGAAUAUGAGAAAGAAAAAUUGAAUGAAAGGAUUGCUAAACUAUCUGGGGGAGUUGCAGUUAUACAGGUAGGAGCACAAACAGAGACAGAGUUAAAGGAAAAGAAGUUAAGAGUGGAGGAUGCUUUGAAUGCUACAAAGGCAGCUGUUGAGGAAGGCAUUGUUGUUGGUGGAGGGUGUGCUCUCUUGAGGCUUGCUUCAAAGGUUGAUGCUAUCAGAGACACACUUGAAAAUGAGGAACAGAAGAUUGGUGCAGGUAUUGUUAAACGAGCUUUGAGCUACCCUGUGAAAUUAAUUGCAAAGAAUGCAGGAGUAAAUGGAAGUGUUGUAAUUGAAAAGGUCCUUUCCAAUGAUAAUCCCAAAUAUGGAUACAAUGCUGCUACAGGCAGUUAUGAAGAUUUGAUGGCUGCAGGAAUUAUUGAUCCAACUAAGGUGGUUAGAUGUUGCCUAGAGCAUGCAGCAUCAGUGGCAAAGACAUUUUUGACAUCUGAUGUUGUGGUUGUUGACAUCAAGGAACCAGAACCAGCCAUGCCUGCUGGAAACCCCAUGGAUAACUCAGGUUAUGGGUACUGAGGGGAAAACCUGAAUAAAGCAAACCAAAUUUGUGUUCCUGUUUUGAGAUAAUGCCCCCAGUAAAGGGUAUUAAUUCAGGCUAAUCAAAUCUAAAUGAAAAUUUGAUAGCUUUACACUUUCAGCCAGAGAGUUGAAAAUUUGGCUGAAAGUUCGGCAUGUUUAGAAUAGCAGUGCGGUUUUGGCAUCUGCAAUUAUUUUGCAGGAAUUUUUCAUGUAGAAGAGACAUUGUAUGGCACUGGUGGUGUUAUAACACCAUAAUGAGUUUUUAAUUUUCUGUUUAGUUGCUAUGGAUACUUGCAUGGUUUAGUUUAAUGCAGUUUUAUAGCGGCAGGUUUUGUUUCUAUUUUAAAGUUAGGAACCCAAGAAUUAUGAGGUUUCUAUUUAUUGAUGGUAUCUUGCAUUUCA